CCGUGACCUGUCUUUUGCGAUCCUUAUUUAAUCCGCUGGCCCAACUUUUGCUCGGCGUCAACGGCAAAUGGGCAUGCCCAACGAUACAGAGGGCCUUCGCCCAACAGACCAGCAGAACGAUGCGCUCGUACAAGUUGUUCACGAUGAUAUGGGUGGUAACCCUCAUGCGGAGCCCAGCAACGCUGGCGAUGCCGAGACGUUUAUCGUUCCCGAAGUGGUCGCCGUAUUGAACGACGCCCAAUCCUUCUUCAGCUCCCAGCUUCUCCCAAGGGCUCGGCAAAUUGAAAGCGAGGUUGCAAACCUCACUUACGAGGCCAACUCCGUUACGGAGCGCGCCGAGACCGAGAAGACCGACGUGCUGAAGGAGUUGGGUCGACUGAGCGAGCUCGUGCUCAACUUCCAAAGCCGGAUAUCCCAGUUCCUUCACUUCGGCGCGUUCGGCGGCCAGGGCUGAGGGGCAGGCUGGAGGGGGAGCAGCUGCAGCGCACGGCCUCAUCUCGUGCUCGAUAACGCUCAAACGCAUCCUGUUGAUGCGCCCACUUGGAGGAGCCUUCUACUUGCAGAAGAAGAGCCCUCUGCUUGCAAUCAAGUGUGCGGCGACUUACUCGCCCUGGCGCGCUGAGAGGCACGUGCCUAGUGCUCCACGCCGUGCUGUGUUGAGAAGAGUGUGAAAUGAAUGAACGACACAUCGUGCAUGUAACAACGCUCGAAUG